AUGCAGAACGCAUCCUUUACAACGGCAGCACAGAGGCUGUUGCUGUUCUGUUUUGCUGCAGUUCCUCAUUGGGCUCAGAGCACUGUGGUUCUGGGGGUGUUCUUGUGGCACAGGCGUGCACUGAGUGCUCUGCGCAUUGCUGGAGUGUGUACCUGCAGCACACACUGCUCUCAUUUGCAGGAUAACCACAGGCUGUACAAGCAGAAGCUGGAGGAGCUGACCAAGCUGCAGGAUGGGAUCUCCAGCUGCAUCACACGGCAGAAGAAGCGGCUGAAGGAACUGUCCGUGUCCCUCAAGAAAUGCAAGACUCACGUGAGUCCCGAACAGCGAGAGUCCAUCCAGGAGAUCCAGAGCCUGAUCAAAGAGAGACAGAACGUUUUCUUCGAAAUGGAGGCCUACCUGCCAAAGAAGAAUGGGUUGUACCUGAGUCUGGUGCUUGGGAAUGUGAACGUCACACUGCUCAGCAAGCAGGCUAAGUUUGCUUAUAAAGACGAAUAUGAGAAGUUCAAGCUCUACCUCACCAUCAUCUUACUCAUUGUGUCCUUCUCCUGUCGGUUCCUUCUAAACUCCAGGGUGACAGAUUCUGCCUUUAACUUCCUCCUGGUGUGGUACUACUGCACGCUGACCAUCCGGGAGAGCAUCCUGAUCAACAACGGAUCCAAAAUCAAGGGCUGGUGGGUUUUCCAUCACUACAUCUCCACGUUCCUCUCAGGCGUCAUGCUGACUUGGCCAGAUGGGCUCAUGUACCAGAUGUUCAGGAACCAGUUCCUCUCCUUCUCCAUGUACCAAAGCUUCGUGCAGUUCCUCCAAUACUACUACCAGAGCGGGUGCUUGUACCGGCUCCGAGCACUGGGCGAGAGGCACAACAUGGACCUCACUGUGGAGGGCUUCCAGUCCUGGAUGUGGAGAGGCCUCACCUUCCUGCUUCCCUUUCUCUUCUUUGGACAGUUCUGGCAGCUCUACAACGCUGUCACCCUUUUCCGGAUGCUGCAGCACCCAGAGUGCAAGGAGUGGCAGGUUCUCAUGUGCGGCCUCCCCUUCUUCGUCCUCUUCCUGGGGAACUUCUUCACCACCCUUCGUGUUGUGCACCAGAAGUUUCAGAACCAGAGCAAAGACACAAAGCGGAACUGAAGAGGAGCAGCACGGGGACCAGGACUAUUUCUCCCCGCUGGCUCCAUCGCAUUCCCAUCUCCUUGCCUUGAUGCCGUCCAGACUCUGGUGUCUCACCCAUUCUGUGCAAGCCUGGAUGCAGGACAGAGCUGGGGCUUGCUUGUGAAUAGAGAGCGUGUUCUCUGUGGUGCUGAAUCUGUGCCUGUGUCACUCAGCGGGCAGCAGGAGCACCCUGCAACACUGCCGCGGGGUGGAGCGGGGGGCCUGGGGCCCUGAAGCCACAUACAGGAAUGCUGCUCCUGCAGCCCCCCUAUAGCAGGGAGGCUGAAGGCUGCACAUGUGCUGCAGUUUGGGAUGGGGCACCGAGUUCCUCCUCACCCUUCAAUGUGAAGAGGGGCUGAGCAGGCAGAGCUGUGGGCACGGGACGAGUGGGAGCACUGCGAACCUGAGAACCAGGCUUCACAGCUCCCUGGCCUUGCAGCUCUGGAGGAUGCGUAUGCAAAAAUAAUAAAGGGAAGGUACUUC